UUAUUUAUUUUACAUGGGAUAAAAAUAUUGAUAGGGAACAAAUUGAUCAUGACCAUCUUGAUGAUGAUUUGAUAAAAAUUAAAACUGUGGAUUGUUUGAGUGACAACAUGGAGAUGAUUAAAUUAAAGCUCAUGCUGGUGGCUGUUGUGUAUCUGAGCUUGUUUUUGGAUAAUGUUCUUUUGACUGUUGUUGUGCCCAUAAUCCCCGACUACUUAUGCAGCAUCGGCGAGAACUCAACAGACGAAAAUGGCCGAAUGGGUUUGCUCCUCAGUUCAAAAGCCCUAGUCCAGCUUCUUCUAAACCCAUUAAUCGGUAGCUUGACAUUCACCGUCGGCUAUUUCAAGCCUCUUUUCAUCGGGAACCUCUGCCUGCUUCUAGCCGCCCUACUUUUCGCAUUCGGGCGGUCCUACGAGUUUCUUUUCCUCGCACGAAGUAUCCAAGGAGUCUCAUCAGCCUGCAUCGGAGUGUCCGGAAUGUCUAUGGUAGCUGCCCAAUAUCCCGAAGAAGAAGAACGUUCCCGAAUAAUGGGGUUCGUUUUGGGCGCCAUUGCUCUAGGAGUUUUGGUUGGUUACCCAAUCGGGUCGAUUCUCUACGACAUCGAAGGCAAGAUGGCGCCUUUCCUACUGAUUUCGUCCCUAAUUUUGAUUCCUCUCAGCUUUCAGAUUUUCCUCUGGGACGUAGAGACGGUUCCUAAAGACGUUAUCAAGUCAGAAAAUUCUACUAGUUGGACAAAACUUCUCUUUCAAGGCAAAAUAUUGAUCAUAGCGGGCGCCAUUUUGGCUUCGACUUCACCAAUGGCCAUUUUGGAACCCUGUCUACCGAUUUGGCUGCGUUCAAACAUAAAACCCGAGAAGUGGCAGUUGGGAAUGGUCUUCAUUCCAGAUAGUAUUGGAUAUUUAUUGGGCACAAACUGCUUCGGAAUGGCGGCCUAUCGGUAUGGAAGAUGCAAGACCGCAGUGGUCGCGAUGACUCUUAUCGGCGUUAGUGUGAUUUUUUUACCGACUGCUACGACCAUGGGACAGUUGGUAAUACCGCAUCUGGGAAUGGGGUUGGGUAUCGGCAUUGCAGAUGCAGCGUUGGUGCCGCUACUGGCGAGUUUUGUCGAUCAGGAUGGGAACUACGGGCCGGUUUACUCUGUCCAGCAGGUCGCUGUCAGCCUCGCUUACUCUCUGGGUCCAAUAGUCGGCAGUGAAUUAGUUCGUAUGAUCGGGUUUCAAUGGGUCAUGAGAAUAGUUGGUCUUAUAAAUCUAGCUUAUUGUCCGCUGCUUAUCUACCUCGCAAUAACAACUAAAAAAUAUUUAUUGAGCCAAGACGUCAAAGAUUACGAUUCUAUUGUUAAAACUGAUUUGCAGUACAAAAGAUUCCAAGAUGACGACGAUCUUUGA